AAAAAAACGUAUGACCAACUGUUUCAGGGACGAAGCUGAAAGACUUGGUCGUGCACUUGGAUGUAAACUAUUGCGAACAUCCGUGAAAGAAGAUGUCGGUGUUAUGAGCGUGUUCCGACAUUUGGCAUCGCGUUGUUUGCACGAAAUGCGUCGUAACGAUAACGAUUAUCAAGAAGAUUUAAGGUUGUAUUCAACAGGACCUAGAUCACCUUCUGUAAUAAGUGCCUUUAGUCCAAACGGAUCAACGUGUUGUCGUAACAGCGGAAACGGGACCAUAGUUUUAAGGUCAGGUGGUGGUAAAACGAGAAAUCACAAAAAAAAGAAUUUCGUCAAGAGCGCCUGCAGAUUAUUAUAAUCAAAGAAUAUAUUAAAUAUCUAAUUUUUAAUAUGCAUUUACAAGUGGCAAUGUGCAACACACAUAGAUGUUUAUAUAUGUUAACUUAUGGAUUUUUUUUUAUUUUUUUUUUUUAUGACUAACUU